AUGAAAAAAUAAGAAAGCCUGAUUGUUUUUGCGAUGCGUGCAAGGUCAAGGAGAAUUGGGUGAAAUCAAAGAAAAAUACUUCGACGAUUAGUCGUGUAAACAAAACGGCUGUCGCGGUAGUGAUCGGUUGGAUAUUCUUUGCAUACUUAGCUUAUCGGAUAUCUACAGUUAAAGUUGAAGUUGAGAUAUGGGAUCCCUAUGAAGUCUUAGGACUUAGUGAGGGUGAUUCAUUAGAUACCAUAAAGAAACAUUAUAAAAAGCUUAGCUUGAUAUGGCAAGUUUUUUCUAUGCAGAAGGGAUUACAUACCGAACAUGAAGAGAAGUUUAUCGAUUUCACGAAAGCUUACAAAGUGCUUACUGAUGAAGACACUCGAAGGAAUUACGAAGAAUAUGGGCAUCCUGACGGGAAACAAGCCUACUCUUUGGGUAUUGCCCUUCCUACGUGGUUAGUCGAAGCAAAGAAUAGUCCUUUUGUGCUGGGUGUUUAUGGGAUUGCCUUUGGGUUGCUACUACCAUUCUUUGUGGGUCGUUGGUGGUAUAGUUCCAGUUGUUAUACCAAGGAUAAGAUUUUAACUCAUACCAUGGAAUUAUAUUUUAAAGAAUUAAGAGAUAAUUCCAGUAUAAAACAAAUCUUGGACUUGCUUUCCGCCUCAUUAGAAUAUAUGAAAUUAAUAGAACAACGAUCAUCAGAUGGUACUAAAUUGGGACCUGUAGUUCUUGCUGUAAAGGAUGAAUUGGAUAAGAAAUUUGGCGAGAAAUACGAAAAAAGCAAAAGGUAUACAUCUCCUUAUUGUCAAAAAGCGAGUGCAUUGUUGUAUGCGCAUUUAUUACGUGUAAAUGUAGAAGAUAAGGAAUUGUUAAAAGAUAAAUAUUUUAUUGCCGAACAUGCGGUUCAUCUCAUUAAUGGAGUCCUUGAAAUUGCAUUGGCACACCGUUGGUUACAAACUAGCAUUCGUUGUAUGGAAGUUUCUCAGUUCAUAGUUCAAGCAAUGUGGUUGAACGAAAGUCAAUUAGUACAAUUGCCCUAUGUCACUAGCGAAGUCUUAAAAGCAAUGAAAAUUAAAAAGAAGGUCAUAAAAAACAUUGCGCAAUUUCGAGCAAUGAAUGAUGAAGAGAGAAAAAAUAUAUUAAAGUUACCGAAUCCAGCUGCAUAUGAUUCCCUUGUACGUGUUGCCGAGAUGUAUCCUAUAAUGAUAGUUGAAAAAGCAUAUUUCAAAGUUGCUGGAGAUGAAGUCAUUACAGUUAGUUCCAUUGUUACUUUGAUGAUCAAAGUCAAAAUUGUUGAUCCUUCAAAACCCGAUGAUGCAGUGGAUAAGAAAUCCAACGAUACUAAGAGCGAUGAUGAAAAUGAUGACGAAAAAGGCAACUAUAUUGAUAGCGAAGAUGAGUUGUUGUACGGUAAAAAGCGAAAGUUUGUCUCCCAAGAAAAGAGUCCAUUGGUGCAUGCACCUUAUUUGUCAAAGGACAAAAAACCCUAUUGGUGGAUUUUCAUGGCCGACGAGAAGAAAGACAGAAUCGUGAUCGAACCUAUUAAAGUCAGCGAUAUUACAACCACCAGAGUAUUUGACUUUCAAUUCCAAGCUCCACGUGAACCGGGUUUAUACUCUUAUGUUGUGUAUAUCAAAAGUGAUUCAUACGUUGGAGCAGAUAUCAGGAAAGAGAUGAAACUUGUUGUAAAAGACAUAUCGGCACUUCCACCCGAAGACGAGAUCGAUGAUGAAAUAUCAGAGCCUGAGGAAGAUUCACUUGCAGGUCAGAUGAAAUUGAUGAGGGAACAAGGAUUGGCCGCUGCGGUAACGGGUGCUGGGGAAAAGAAGAAAGCAGAAAGUGAUAGCAGUGAUGAUAGCGACGAUGAUUAA